AUUCACAGUGUCGAUUUCGUUGUUGUAGUAGUUUUGGGCGCAACAGUUUAUUCGUCGGAAUGUUAUUUACCAUGAAAUGAAAUGAAAGAAAAAAAAUGAACCACUACUCUUUUAAGUGAUUCCGCUCAUAAAUGACGUGGCAGAAUUCUUAUUCAUUUUUUCACAUGGCAUGUAAUAAUCUGAUAUAUAUGAAAUCAUCAACAACCGAUGAUUAUGAUGUUGAUGAUGAUGACUUUAAGUAUGAUCGAAAAUAUUCAAGAACACCAAAACAAUUCGACGCAGAACGACAACAAGCAUUAUCUCGUCUGGAUUUAUCGAAAAAAGGUUCCAUCGAUGAGUCAAUUGAAUCGCUUGUAAUUCAAUUGAAUAAAUCUGCCAAUUUUUACACUACUAGCUCGUGUUCAGGUCGAAUUAUUGUAGUAACGAAAUCCAACGAUAAUGUUGAAUCUAUAAAUGAAAAAAAGAAAAAAGGUCUUCAAUGGCAAUUUGUAACACAUUCAUUAAUCAAUGAUGUUGAAGAAUUUGUUCAGAAAAUUGUCGAUCAUUCCCAAAAUAUAAGUUUGAACGAAAGUUCAACUUUAAAAUUUGAAUCCUUCAUUCUACAUGUACGCUGUCGAACAUUGGAUGCAGCACGACAAUUAUUACAUUGUAGCAUUGAUUCUGGUCAACGUAAUUCUGGUUUAAUGAUCGCUAAUAGUGGCAAUCUAACCGUUGCUGUUCGUAACACUCUAAAUCUUGAAGUUCCACUAAUAAUCGAUGGUAAAUUAAUGAUCACUUUGGACUAUCUCCAUAAAUUAGUUGACAUUGUCAAUGCCAAAAUGGUCUCGAAUUUUGAUAUGAUUCAAAGAUUUCAACGUAAUUGUGAAUUAAAAUCAAUUUUUUAUUAAAAAAAUUUACUAUCG